CUUCAACUCAUCUCCCUCUCGAUCUAAGUCGGUUUCUAUCGAUCUCGAACAGUUUCAGAAAAUGGCAAAGACAAGAGGAGGAGGUCAAGUUUGUGCUCGUCGUAGUAGGCGUAAUCAAGGCUUGGAGGUAGAAGAUGUUGCUCCUGCAACAACACUAAAGGUUAAUAAGAAGGUGAAUAAGAAGAAAACAACAAAUAAAGUGGCUCGGAGAAGAAGUAGUACUAGAGCCAAGAAAGUGGCUGCUGUAGAUGAUGAGGUAGAAGAUGUUACACCGAAAGUGGCUGCUGUAGAUGAUGAGGUAGAAGAUGUAACACCAGAAGCUGUGGAAGAAGAAAAGGGUAAUGACAAAGAUAUAACACCGGAGGCUGAUCAGACUGAGAAAGCAAUGUGUGAAGAUGAGAAUGAAGGAGAAGGAUGUUUGACUGGACAAGGCCAGGAGGAGGAUGAAGAAGAAGUUGCCAAUAUAGAAGAAGAAGCUUGUUUGACUGGACAGGACCAGCAGGAGUAUCAUCAAGAAGAAGCUGCCACUAUGGAAGUAGCUGCGAAUAAUGAAGAAGUUGCCAAUAUGGAAGAAGAUGGUGUUGGCAAUGGUCAAGAUAAAGCGAUUCCUACCAACACUGAUGAAGGAAGUCAGGUACCAGAAGAAAGAGUGAAAGUAAGAAGAAAAAGAGGACCAACAAAGAUGCGUAAAGUGGCUGAAAAUCCUAAUGAAAGGGUUUCAGUUUCUUUCACUGACUUUGGUGAUCAUGUUGGAACUGGUUCAGUAAGAUUAUCAUCUUUUCUUGGUGUUCUCGUGAGUCAAUUCAUUCCGGUUACAAUUUCUGAUUGGAGAGAAGUUGAUGCAGCGACUAAAGAAACAUUGUGGGAACAAAUUCAGGGGAGGUUUGACAUGGAAGAAGAAUGGAAAAAAGCUGUUAUUAUGAAGCAAAUGUGUAAUAUCUUUAGGGGUAUGAAGUCAAGGCUAGUGACAAAAGUACGUGCUGCUGAGACAGCUGCUGAUAUACUAGCUUUAAAACCCAGCAACAUCCCAUCCAUUCAAGUGUGGAACUCUUGGGUUAAGAGCAAGACUAGCAAAGCUUUUACGGAAGUAAGUAACAAGAUGAGGAAGUUGAGACAUGAUCAGAUUCCUCAAACCUCCAGCCGCAAAGGAUUGGUUCGUUUAGCUGAUGAUAUGAAAAAAAAGAGUUCAAACCCAAGUAAGGUGACUAGGACUAAGGUAUGGUUAGCGGGACACACUCAUGCUGAUGGUAGACCUGUGAAGCCUCAAUUUGCUGAGACUAUUAAACAAAUACAAUCACUUGAUAGUGAAAUGGACUCUACAUCAGCUGCUGAUAACAUAAGGGAAGAUGCUGUGAGCCAGAUUUUGGGAAAAGACAAACCUGGACGAGUAAGGGGGUUUGGUAGAGGGAUCACGGCUACUAAGUUAGCGUUUAUGCAAGCUAGAGACGCAAAAAUGGCAGAAAUGAAAAGUGAGAUUGAUGAGUUGAAGGGAAUGUUUAGAGACUUAGCUGGAAAGAAGAAAAGUUAUUGUGAGACUGAAACAUGUGAGAGUAGUGGUGUAUUCAAAGUAGGAGAUAGAGUACAACUACUGGAUUGGAUUCAUUCAAGAGAAGUAGUUGUUGGUGAAGGAGAAUUCUGUUCUGAUGAACCGAUGUACAAAAUUGGUCGUGUACCAAUUGGUCCUAAUGCAGUGGCUGUCAUUGUUAGUUCUGUACUAAGCUCAACAGCUUCUCUCUGGAGGCCUACAUCAGAGAGAAGCUGGAGACAGAAUUCAUUCAGACUCAAGGAAUAG